UGCCAACUCCUCGACCAAUCAGAAGCCAUCUAGCAGUGCCAUCUCCUCGACCAAUCAGAAGCCACUUGCAGUGCCAUCUCCUCGACCAAUCAGUAGCCGCCUAACAGUGCCAUCUCCUCGACCAAUUAGGAGCCGCCUAGCAGUGCCAUCUCCUCGACCAAUCAGAAGCCGUCUAGCAGUGCCAUCUCCUCGACCAAUCAGAAGCCGCCUAGCAGAAGACAACAACAUGGACGCUAUGAGGUUGCUUGUCUUCAUGACAGUGUUGGCAUUGAGUAAUUCUGCCAACCGAGUGCUGGAAUUAAGCGAUCGUUUUCUGGAGCUGCGAGGCGAAUCAUCAUGGCUUAUCAUGUUUUAUGCUCCAUGGUGUGGACACUGCAAGAAGUUAGAUCCAGUGUGGAACCAUGUUGCACAUGCACUCUAUGGCACAGAAAUCCGUGUUGGACGUGUUGAUUGUACACGUUUCACAGCAGUGGCAACAGAGUUUAAUAUCAAGGGUUUCCCCACCAUUAUGUAUCUCAAAGGGGACACAAAACACACCUACAGUGGUGACCGAGCCAAAGAAGACAUAGUUGGAUAUGCUGUCCGAAUGGCUGCUCCCCCAAUUCAGCAUAUAGCAUCUUUCCAUCACUUAAAAGAAAUCAUUGCACAGGAAGAUCUGUUCUUCGUGUAUGCAGGGGAGAAGGAAGGUGCAUUAUGGGAUGCCUAUUCUGAAUUAGCAAAUAUAUAUAGACCCUUCAAUUACUUCUACUCAAUUGAUGCUGGUUGUAUGGCAGAGCAUAUUGAGUUGGAGUACAACCCUGCUAUUCUAGUCUUCAAAGAUAGCUUAAAUUAUUUCUUCCCAGUACCUGAGGAGAGUGAAAUAGCAGAGAAUCUAACUGUUGUCAACACAUCACUGGCUGACUGGAUUAAUCACGAACGCUUUCCAUUAUUUACCAAAAUCACACAUGGCAAUCUGCACCAACUGUGGAAGAUCAACAAAUUUUUGGCAAUCACAGUUGUCAAGGAAAGUAAGAUUGGAACAAUCACCACAGACGAGGAUGCGUUCAAAGAUAUGGUGGAAUCUGUUAUCAAGAACAAUCGAGAAAAGUAUCACAAGCAUUACCAGUUUGGUUGGACAGGAACUCCAGAUUUAGCAAACAGUAUUGCCAUGGAAAGGCUCCAGUUGCCGUCACUUCUUGUUGUAAACUCAUCCACCAUGCAUCACCACCUCCCAGAGGACCCUCCACACCACCUAACUCCAGCUGCCAUUGAAAUGUUCCUUGACUCUGUCAUAGCUGAGACAGCUCCAACCUACGGUGGAGACACGUGGCCUGUGAGAUUCUACCGCAUCUAUUAUAAUGCAAGGACUUCAUUAGAGGAGAUGUGGCAGGGUAAUCCAGUCCUGACAGCUGUGCUCUUUGGCCUCCCCCUUGGCUUUCUCUCUCUGAUUUGCUACUCCAUCUGGUGCUCUGAUAUUAUGGAUGCAGACGAGGAGGAAGAAGAGCCUCAGCAUGAAAAGAAGGACUGAUCGAGGUUACAUUAUGGAACAAACAUCAAUGUGUGUUUCUGGGAAUAUCUCCAGAUUGCAGCCUGUCUUAGUCCAAACAUAUUUAAUGACCUGAACAAAUAUUAUUAAGAAGAAAGUACAGAAAGAGUUGUAUUUUACUUAGUGUUAUGGAAAUUUUGAAAAAUUUUGAAGUCACCCAGUUAAUGAUACUGAUUAUUAUUCUCAAACAACAAAUGAUUGUUGUUGCUUGUGCCAUAUUGCAUUUGUUGAUAGAAAUUUUUCAGCAUAGGGCAAUUAAAUGUGCAUUUUUUCCCGUAAACUUGAUGAUCGUAAUGAAAGUAGUUUAAGGCCUAUAAGUUAUAUAUGUUUGUGCAUGCAUAUUUGGACCUUGGCUUUUGUAAAAGAAAAAUCAUGUCUCAGACUCUUACUUUUUUAGAGUUUGAUUUGUACAGUAUUGAUAUGUGCAUUUUUUUGUUGGAAAUGUUGCAUUCCCUUUUUAAUACAUGUUUUGUGAUACUUAUUUAUUUUAAAGACUGAUACUUUGUUAUAUGAACUUGUGUAGGGUAAUUUCCACCAGUUUAUAAUCUACUGGUUUGUUAAUUUUUUAAGACUUAAGAUUUUAUUUUCUAGCUGUAAGAAUAUGUUUCCUAUUAAAAGAAAUCAGACAUGUUUUCAACGUGAAUUAUAAUUCAUGUAAUGUCAUUUUAUAAUGGUGCCUCUGGCGUGAGGAAAAUGAUACAAAACUUUGAUCUCAUUUCUGGUUCUCAUUUUUAGAUAGAAUGUAUUGAAAUCUUAAUUACAUCAUAAUAAAGGGAUAUGUGAGAUGAGGACGAUAUGAGACAGAUUGAGAGUAGUUUUUAAAAAUCUGCAUUAAGUCACUAAUUGCAUGUUCAUUUAUAUUGUAAACCCUGAGAUUCUAUUUGUUAUAGUGUAUUAUCUUAUGAUACAUAUGCUUUGUAAUCUAAGUAGCUGAUUUUCAUUGAAGGACCAUAAUGUUUUUGUAAUAGCAAUACUUUACCAUUACAAACAAAAGGUAAAAGUCAUGGAUUGAUUUAUACCUGUUUGUAAGCACUGGAUUACAACUGGAUUGUGAAGGUGUUCUUUUACAUGGGAUGGAUGCACUUUGGCUUCACUUAAGAAGUAAAUGGUUAAUUGAUAAAUUUAACAUAAUCGAGAAUCAGAUAAAAAAAAAUUGAAUUGAUUAAUUAUCAUGAGAAAUUAUAAUUUUAUUGGUUUGGAAUGUAAUACAUUGCCAUAUCAGUUUACAGCUUUAUUACAUUCUGUGCUCCUAUUCCAGAUAAGUAAAUAUCUUUUUAGACUUUCAUUGAAUAUAAAUUCUGUGCAGAAUACUAAAACCAGGAUAGUGAGACUUAUAUUAUGAACAGGAACUAGUCAGAAAUCCUAAUCAUAAAAUUUUCUUUAUAAGAAAAAUCUUACUGUGUGUAAAAUUGGUAAGAGUAGGUAUGUCACAAUCAGCUUUCAUGUAAUUUUAUUUUUAUUUUUUUUAUUUUUUAUUAUUUUUUUAUUUUUGUGUGUGUGUGAUUUAUUAGAUUUUGAAUUGACUUUUUAAUAUAUUGAGGCAAGAGCUUGUAAUCAGAAAAUAAAAGGAGAGGAAUUCAAUGUUUUUUUGUUUUUUUUAAUGUAAUUAUAACUUUAGUAAUGUAGGGCUGCUAUAUUUCCCCAUAAAACAUAUAAAUGCAAGCAGGUACACACACACGGCACAUAAACAGGUGCAUCGCUACACAUUUCCACCAUUUUUGUACAAAGCACGAUGGGCAUUACAAGGUCGGUACUGGAGCAGCCUGAUUAGAUAUAGGUUUUAUACUUGCUAUAAAGAUAAGUGAGUGUUUUGGUGAAUAUUGUUGCUCUCUGAUGCAAAAGAUGUCUGUGUUUCAAGAUAUAAUGAAGCCAAUCUUGAAAAGAAUUUUUGAAACUUUAGACUAUUGAAUUAGCCAGGCAGAUGUAAUGACUGUCUUUGCCAUAGAGCUCAUGGGCAUUUUCUGUUGUCACUCAGUAUUCAGUAAUUAUACCUCUCCAAACUAAUGCGUGCUGUCAUCAAUUUUGAAAACUUAUUUUUUAUUUAGUUUGUUAACUGAAUUUGUUUUCUUGUAUUAUGGUUUACUGCAUUUGAUUGUUAUCAUUAUUGCAUGCUCAUAAGUAGAAAGUGGCUCAAGGGAUAAAGUAAUGAAAUGUGAGACAGGCUGUAAGAGAUAUUUUGCAUGCAUGCAUCAAAUGAUAAUCAUUCUGUAAUAAAAACAAGAUAUUUCCUUACUUUUAUCAAACUUUAAAAGUUUAAAGACCUUGAAUUUUGAGUAGUGUAUUGAACUCUAUGUAAACAAGAUAUCCUUCUUCAUAUUGUUAGAUGAACAAUAUUUGUGAUAUAGUUAUAUAGAAAAGAAGAAACAGCCAAUAUAUUUUUAAUAAAAUACAACAGAUGAGGAGGAAGACGUGAGUAAGUCACCCUUAUACAUAUUUGGUAUAUGUGCAUACUUAGACAUAUAAAUGUAUUUCAGUAAGAUUUAUGGAGUUGUCCUGUGCUGAAUGUUGAUGAAUAAUUGUUAAAUUCAAGCAUAGUCUAUGAACCAAAUAUUGUUUUAAAAUGUAGGAUUAAGUACUAAACAAGAAUACAUUUCCUCCCUCACAAACAAUGCAUAGAUUUGUACACUAUUUUGUGUAAUUAGUAUAAACAAAAAUACAGGUAUAGAGAGAACAAUUGUAUUUCACAUAUCUUUGAACUCCUUUUGAAUACUCCGUAUACUUUGGUUUUAUUUUGGUAAGUUUCAAAAAGUGAUGUGCUCUUUUAUUUUAUAUAGCUGGAAGGGAGACAGUCUUGUCAACUCCUCAGUAAGAUGUAAAAGUGUUCAUAUUUUUUUCUUUCUUUCUCCUCUGUAAAGAAUAUUUGACCUUGUGUGUUUGUACCCUCUCACACACUUAGAAAAGUAUUCUUAUUCUAUGUAAAUGUUCAUUGGGCAAAGUGCUAACUAAAGCUCAUUAUUAUUAUUUUUAUUCUGUCCAGUGACAUUAUGUUAUGUUUUUUUUUUUUUUUUCUUUUAAUACUGACAUUAGGUUUUAUGUAUAGAAGUGUAAGCCACUGAUUUGCUAGGUUUAACACAUUUCUGUAGUAUAGGUGUAGAAUGAAAAACUAGUUCUUCUUGCACAUGCAUAAGUCUUGAGUUAAUGUGGUUAUGUAUGUUGUGUAGGUUACAAAGGAAAAUGAUCACUUGACAUUCUAUUAUACCAAAAAGAUGAAAAAAUAAAAGUGUAACCAUUGA